AUGUCCUCUCUCAGGUUCGACGUGCUGGGCACCAACACUACCAACACUUCGGGUUCGGAGUGUUGGGUGAGACCAGAGUACGCUGUUGUGCAUCUUGUGGAACCCAAGAAGCUUUUCCUUCUGUUCCUGGUACUUGGUGUGUUGAUCUACACCCUUUAUCGUUCCUCCAAAUACGACGAUGACUUUCCCAUUGUCAAUCGAAAGUUUGCGCUCGAGCCUUCACUAUUUUCGCGGUUACGCUGGACGGUGAAAUCGCAAAAGUUACUUGACGAUGCGUACGAGAAGUAUGAUGGUCAAGUCUACCGCAUCGCUCGAGGAGAUACUGAUGUGGUUGUCGUUCCAGCCGAAUGUAUUACGGAGCUGAACAGACUACCUCAAAACGUCUGCAACUCUAGGAUAUGCCAUGCGUACUCGAUGACAGGCCAUUUGAACGGAAUGGAUGUUGUUCUAAAAACCAAUCUUCAUGUACGCACUUUGCUGAAUCGGAUAACGCCUGCUCUUCCAGAAAUUGUUAAGCCGGCUCGAAUUCGGAUCGCAGAGACGAUGAACAAGGUGUUCUCGCAAGACACUCGGAACUGGAAGGUGGUGAAGCCGGUCGAGGAAGUCGUUUACUGCGUCAGUCGAGUCAUAACUUUGGCAUCUGUUGGAGCCCCUGUAUGCGAUGAUCCAGAGUUCAUUCUCUUCACUGUUAUGUUUCUAAUGCGGAUGGUUCCUUCUAUCCUACAACCUUUCGUUGUAUGGCUGCUUCCCGCUAGAUGGAGGUUGCGGCAGAGUUCAAAGGAGCUCGAAAGUUUCGUCAUUCCAGAAGCGAUCCGGCGGAAGUCAGAAAAGCAAGAACCUCCAAAACAAGACUUGCUCUCCUGGAUGAUGCAUGAGGCGAAGAAUGAAAGAGAAAGGGAUCCCUACAUGCUCACCAACCUUCUCGCUGCACUCGCUGCAGGUGGCACAUACAGCUCCGCCAACUUCAUUGUUGGUGUGGUGUUUGACCUUGUUGGCCACCCGCAUUUCUUGGAGGAAAUCCGGAGAGAAAUCCGCGAUAAGCACCAAGAAUCCAACGGAAAUUGGGAUUUCGCUACUUUCAACAGCUUGCACAAGCUCGACUCCGCAAUGAAAGAAACCGCCAGACUCGCACCAGGCAGUAAUACUACAUACAGCCGGGUUAUGUGUAAAGAUUAUACUCUGUACAACGGGGUAACCCUGAAGAAGGGUCAAUUCAUUUGUGUGAACAGUUUCCGCAGAUCUAUGGAUCCAUCAGUAUUCCCAGAUCCAGAGAAGUAUGACGCUUUGCGAGCAUACAACGAGAACUUGAAGAGCCAUAUUGCCCAGCCCUUCAGAAGCUUUUAUGGUGAAGACUUUAGAUGGGGUGCUGGAAGGUGGGCAUGCCCAGGAAGGUUUCUUGCGAGUCUUCUCGCAAAAGUUGUUCUUGUCAAGCUUCUGGACGAGUACGAUUUUGCCUUUGUAGGAAGCGAUAAAAGGCCGCCGAAAUCGGUUGUACAUGAGUUUCUAUAUAUCGAUCCAGGGGUGGAGUUGAAGAUCCGACGCAGAGAGACUAAUUCUGGCAUCGAAUAUUAA